AUGUGGAGCUCACCAGGGCCCAUCUCGGCAUUUGUGAUGCUGGUUGUUGCCGCCGUGCACGCGGGAGUGAAGGUGACCCCAGAUGUGAAGUACACCAAGACGAAGCCCUUACAGCUGGCGGAGAACUACACGCUCGACACAGCUGAUUUCUUCUUCAACUGCUGCGACUGCUGCCCGCCUGCCGUGGGGCCCCGGGGGCAGCCGGGGGAGGAGGGACCCCCAGGUCCCAAGGGGGAGAAGGGAGAUGCUGGUCUGCAAGGUCCGCCGGGAACUCCAGGUCCUCAAGGUCCAAAAGGUUCUAAAGGAGAAAGAGGGGAGCAAGGCGAGAGAGGAGUAAGUGGAAACCCCGGUUAUCCAGGCAAACCUGGGCUGCAAGGUGAAAGUGGAGUAAAAGGCAAUAAGGGCAACUACGGCUUCCCUGGACUGAAGGGGCAAAAGGGGUCCAAAGGGGACACUUGUGAGAACGGGACCAAAGGAGAGAAGGGAGAUAGGGGGGAUGCUGGAGACUCGGGAGCGGAUGGAGGACAGGGUGACAAAGGGGAAAAGGGAGACACAGGGGAGAAGGGGUAUUGUGGGGAGCCGGGGGGGAGAGGUGCGAAGGGAGAAAGAGGGGAAGGGGGGACAAAGGGAGAAAAAGGGAGCAAAGGGGAGAUGGGGGUUGAGGGAAUUCAGGGGGUGGACGGAAAACAGGGAGAAAAGGGUGAGAGAGGAAGUAAGGGUGAAAAAGGGGACCUGGGGCCCACCGGUGUGAUGGGACCUUCUGGGCCCAAGGGGGUCACCGGCAGCAAGGGGGGCCGAGGGGCCCCGGGAAAGAAAGGCUCCCGUGGGGCGAAGGGUGCCCGAGGGGACACCGCAAAGCUCCUGCGAUCAGCCUUCAGCGCCGGCUUGUCCAAGCCCUUCCCUCCGCCCAACGUCCCCAUCAGAUUUGACAAGAUCUUGUACAACGACCAAGAAGAUUACAACCCUUCCACCGGGAAAUUCAACUGCAGCGUGCCCGGGGCGUACGUCUUCGCCUACCACCUGACGGUGAGAGGGCGUCCGGCCCGCGUCAGCCUCGUCGCCCGCAGCAGGAAGGUGGCCAAAGCCCGUGAGACGCUCUACGGCCAGGAGAUCGACCAGGCUUCCUUCCUGACCAUCCUGAAGCUGAGCGCGGGUGAUCAGGUGUGGCUGGAGGUUGCACGGGACUGGAACGGGGUCUACGUCAGUGCUGAGGACGACAGCGUCUUUACGGGGUUUCUUCUGUAUCCAGAUGUUUUUGAGGUCCUGCUAUAG